UUUCUCUCUCCAGAAUCCACUUUUUUCUAACUGAAACCGAAACCAGUACAGUGAAAGAGAAAAGGAGUCAUGGACAAGAACAACAAUAAGGCGUCCGAAGCCCUAAAGUUCCUCUGUAGCUACAACGGCAAGAUCCUCCCCCGCCGUCCCGACGGAAAGCUCCGCUACGUCGGCGGCGUCAACCGCGUUCUCACCGUCGAUCGCUCCGUCUCCUUCGCUGAGCUAAUGGUGAAGCUCGGCGAGUUCUGCGGAUUCUCCGCGACUCUGAAGUGCCAGCUGCCGAACGGAGACCUGGAGACGCUGAUCUCGAUCACCUCCGACGAGGACUUGGCGAAUCUAAUCGAGGAAUACGAUCGCGCUUCUUUGUCGAAGAUCAGAGCCGUGCUCUUACCGAGGAAAUCCGUCAAAACGGUGUCGCCACCUCCGUCGGUUGCUCAGAGCGUCGAUUUCUCUCCUCCUUCGAAGCAUCCGCCGACGUUCCCGGCGAUUAAUUCGGUUCGUAACUACUUCGUUUCCCGAGGCCCGUCGCGGGUCGGACUCGCCGGAAAAGUCAGAUUCAAUCCUUGCAGUCUUCAGGCAAACUCCGGUAUGAUUUUACCUCAACAUCAUCAUCAUCAUCAUCAACAACAACAACACUAUGAUCAGGUCCCUCGGUGCUAUUACUGGCAAUGAUUGGGGAUUGAGAAACCCUGAAGAACCUGAAACAGAGUCUCUGAAGCAGGAAAAGGGAAAAAGGGAAGAAACUGGAGGAAAAGGAAAUAUAUAGAUAAUGGCGAAAAAAAACUUUAAAACCCAGGAAAAAAAAAAAGAAUAGAGGAAUUUUGUGAUUGGAUUGUGAAUAUUAAAGGGGUUUUU